CUAGAGAAAAUAAGAUAUUUUGCAAAUAAUUUAUGUCAUGACUGAAACUCCGAAUGAAUCUGUGGGCGAAUCUACCCAGGAGUGGGAACAUAAAGAAGAUCGUUGCUAUAGUGAACAAGAAAUAUACGCUCAUCUAUUUGAAAAGGAAAAUGAAUACUUUACUCCAGAGAAUAUUGAAUGUAUGGAAGAAAUAGCAAGCUUGUGUAACGGCCAUCCUGCAGCUGCAAUAUUAGCAAGUUCAUUACUCACAGAAGAUUGUGGGCUUCUUACUCCCGCUGAACUGAUAGAGAUGAUUAAAACAAUAAGAUCAAAAGUGCAUCAUCCUGGUGAUAGUCUAUUAACGGGUAAUACCGGUGAUUGCGAUUCACCAAUGCAUCAAUUAGAGCUCAUCUACAAAGAAAUACUACAUGAGGAUAUUAAAGACAUUUUCUACA